AUGGGGACGGACUACUACAAUGUGCUCAAGGUGAACCGGAACGCCACGGAGGAGGACCUCAAGAAGUCAUACCGCCGGCUGGCCAUGAAGUGGCACCCCGACAAGAACCCUGGCGACGUCAAGAAGGAAGCCGAGGCCAAAUUCAAGAAGAUCUCCGAGGCCUACGAGGUUUUGAGUGAUCCCCAGAAGAGGGCGAUAUAUGAUCAAUAUGGUGAAGAAGGUCUGAAGGCCUCCGCAGAUGGUGGUGGUUCCACAUCAACGAAUGGGGCUGCCAAGCAACGUUUCAAUCCUCGCAAUGCUGAAGACGUGUUUGCUGAGUUCUUUGGCAGCAGCAAGCCUUUCGAGAACAUGGGGCGAGCGAAGUCAAUGAGGUUCCAGACAGAAGGUGCUGGCACUUUCGGUGGGUUCGGUGGGAAUGAGAACAAGUUCAGACCAUACAAUGAAUCGGUUGGCACCAGUUCGAGUCAGGCUCGGAAGCCGCCGCCUGUGGAAACCAAACUGCCCUGCUCACUUGAAGAGUUAUACGCAGGUUCAACACGCAAGAUGAAGAUAUCCAGGAACGUUGUGAAGCCGAAUGGGCAACUAGGGACCGAAUCGGAGAUUUUAACAAUCGAUAUAAAGCCUGGCUGGAAGAAGGGAACUAAGAUCACAUUCCCCGACAAGGGCAACGAGCAGCCAAACCAGCUCCCUGCUGAUCUCGUCUUUGUUAUCGAUGAGAAGCCCCAUGAUCUGUACACAAGGGAAAGCAACGAUCUCCUGGUCCACCGGAAGAUUGAUUUGGUGGAUGCAUUGGCAGGAACUACGGUCAAUCUGAAGACCCUAGACGGGCGUGACCUGGUGAUUAAGCUCACAGAUGUGGUGACACCUGGUUAUGAGCUUGUGAUUGCAAAGGAAGGGAUGCCUAUCGUCAAGGAGAACGGGAGAAGAGGCAACCUGAGGAUCAAGUUCGAUGUCAAUUUUCCUAAGAGGUUGUCGUCAGAGCAGCGGCACAGCAUUAGGAAGGUUCUUGGAGGUCAACAUCAGCAGCAGUGA